AUGGCCGCGUUUGAAAUGCGAUUAUUUAGGGCUGCAAUUUUGCUUUUUUGUUGUGUCAUUCAACAUGGGCAAGCAGCUGAUCACACAGCAGUCUUUGGAUUAUGUGAUGUCGGCGAUGUGAUCUCGGCUAGAAAUGGUUCUCUGGUCGUCAGCAAAGGCAAAGAUUGCACAAGGGUUAUACUAGCUCCUCGCGGUUGGCGAAUAAAGUUUACACUUCAUGAAAUAGAUAUGUUUGACGCGGUUGCUUUCAUACACGAUGGUGGGACAGUGGCUGGUACUCUAAAAUAUGAGCAAGGUAUCCGGGUAUUGCUCGCGGGAAGUAAACCCAUCGUGUUUUACACUUCAAGCAAUGCACUUCUGGUGCAUACUGAUAGAAUUUCGUCAAAUGGCAACAAGUUUAACGCUACAUUUGAAGUGUUGCCUCACCCCUUGGAUAAAUGUGCUUGCCUGCCUACAGUUAAUAGUGCCCGGACUGUGUGUUCAUUCCCACCGUAUGAUGACACUGGUAGGUUCUACCAAGACAACGACGAGUUAAAGAAAACAUGCAAAACAUCUUGUGACACAGGACACGAAAUUGUCGAAAAAUAUGCAUUUUCUAGUGGAGUUAUUGACACAACCUCAACCUGUAAUUUACAUUUGGACAUGCCAACUUCGACUUGGGCUCCACUUCCACCUGAUAAUGCAGCUCGUUUGUUCAAUUAUCCAAAUCUAAUUUCAUGUACUAAAGUCAAACCUGUCACUCGAGUUUUAUCUGUAUAUACAUUUACAUAUGCUAACAUACCAAUAUCAUGUGCUGAACUCAAUAUGUCUGUGAUUGAAAAUGGUGCAUAUAAUUUUCUUGUGAGCAAUAGGAGCAGCUCGUAUGUUGGCGAGUGUUAUAAAGACACCUUGGUUAACUGUACGGUCCGACCAGUUCUUUCGACAUGUUACAUGCCAAGUAACCGAAAUAUCUAUGUUGUUAAGAUUGAAAUACGAGACAAUAUCCAAAUGGCUGAAAAUGAGACAAUGACACGAAAACUAUUUGACAUUCUAUAUGGGAAUGUUUCAGCUAAUCUUAAGAACAACGUUCAGUGGUAUGUCACAAAUGAUUUGCUUGUUAACAAUGCCACAGCAAUUAAGUUUAAUCCUCUUGGAUCUGACUCAGUAAAACCAUAUACAAGCUGUCCUGCUAAUCAUGCGACUACUGGACGAGGUAACAAUCCAGGCAAUUUUCUACAGAAUUGUAUUUCUUGUCCAUUACACACCUAUAAACAUUUUUAUGCAGGCCAUUAUUAUUCUGCAUGUGAGCAGUGCCCUUCGAAGAAACGUCGUUUACUCAAUGAGUCAAUGUGUGUUAACGGCACAAAAAUGUACUCCAAACCUUCAAACGUAAACUGCCUACACGUUUGCGCCCUUGGGAAAUUCUUUAAUAAUGACUCUGGUAUUUGCGAUUGGUGUGAUUACGGUUACUUCCAAAAUUCGACAACUGCUUUAAAUCCAGUUUGCCAUCGCUGUCCACCCGGCAACACAACAGCCUUUGUCGGAGCAAGAAGCAAAAAUGAUUGCAUGCAUCAAUGUCGUAAAGGGCAGUUCACAAAGUUUCCUUCUUGUUUUGAUUGCGGUAUUGGAUAUUUCAUGCCUUACGAGGGAAACCGAUUUCCCAAAUGCUACAAGUGUCCACUGGGGAAUACAACGUUGACUGUGGGAACUACAAAUCGAACUGGCUGUGUAGAUCAGUGUGCUCUAGGGGAAUAUUUCAAUAUUACCCAAGGUAUGUGUGUGUUAUGUCCUAUUAACACAUACCAAAAUGAAACGGCGCCUAGUAACACGCGAAGUUGCAAAAUGUGUCCGACUAACAGAGUUAUGUUAUCAACAGGGGCUAUAUCCAUAGAAUUGUGUCUUGGUCCUUGUUCAGCGGGCCAAUAUCUCAAUACGACAUCCCGAAGUUGUAAAUUGUGUCCUGUAAACACUUAUGAAGACGAACGUCGAAUAAGUUUUAUGUGUAAAAAAUGUCCAGAACAUAAAAUCACACAAAACAAAGGUUCGACCAAUAUUUCUCAAUGUAUUUAUCCUUGUAACGAAGGAGAGUUUUUCAACCUCACGAGUGAGGCAUGUGAAAUGUGCCCCAACAAUACCUAUCAAAACAACAUUGGAAAAUGUUCUUGCAAGCCUUGUACUGGGAAAAUGUUUACAUUAAAACCAGGUUCAAAAGGAUGUAUUGCCCCUUGCAACCGUGGGGAAUUUCUCAACAAGUCUGCCGAGGCGUGCGAGGAUUGUCCAGUUGGAUAUUUCCAAAAUGAGACCAAUUAUCUAUUGCCCAUGUGCAUGGCUUGUCCACUGGAUUAUUACACGGAUAAACUGGGUAGCCAUGGUUGCACAGCAUGUCCAGAAAGAAGGAUAACCAUCGUACCAGCUGCAACAGUUACGUCUGAGUGCAUUGAAAGUUGUGGACGUGGUUAUUAUCUGAAUAAAACCCUUCGAAGCUGUGGAAAAUGUUCAAAAGGGUUUUACCAAGACCAACGCGAAUAUAGGAACGAGUCGUGUACUAAGUGUGCAGGUGCCAACCUGACGACGCUUAGAUCUGGUGCAAAAGCCGCAGGAGAAUGUGUCGGUUAUUGUGCAUCAUCGCCCUGUCUUAAUGGAGGCAAGUGUACCAACCUUGACAAUGAUUUCAACUGUACUUGUCUGGAACAUCUCGGAGGAAAACAAUGCCAGACUAUCCUUGAUUACAAUAAUGCAGACAGGAUGGAAAUUUCAGUCAGAUUUACCAACUUAGUUUGGAAUAACAACCUCAGUAACCCUGAUACCAGAGACUUUAUGGAACUAGCCAAUCGGAUUGAGAAUGCCGUACGAGGUGAUUUAAGAAACGACACGACAUUCCGUACCGUCAAAGUGGAGAAAUUCAUUCGAGGAAGUGUGAUCAGUGAUCUGACAUUUAAUUACGUUGCUGGCACAGAUUUUAAUAACUCGUUAGACACCUUAAAGAGAGCUGCUGCCGAUGGCAAAAUUGGUAACUUAACAGUGAAUUCAUCCUCGUUUUACAUUGGUCAUUAUACCUGCGGGACACCCCUUGGAAUGGAGAAUGGUCGUAUUCCUGACAGUGGAAUUACUUCUGCAAAUAAAGAUAAUUACCAUCCGUUUUCAAAUGCUCGUUUGAAUCAUAAUGGCCCGGGGUGGACUCCACGGGUGAAUCGUACUGAAGAUGCAUAUCUACAAGUAGAUUUUCAGGAGGUUGUCCAGUUAACGGGCAUUGCAACCCAAGGGUCGUCAUACCAAGGUGGUAAUUGGUUACAGUCCUGUCAAUUCAAUUAUAGUGUUGACGGCAGCACAUGGCUGGAGUAUAAAGAAGAAACAAACCAACCUAAGGUCAGUUUAAGCAGACUUUUCCAUGUAUUGUUGUGGAGCUGUUGAAUGUUUUGUACUCAUUAACCAUUAAAUAUACUAGAUAUUUUUAAAAUCAACAAUUAUUUAAAGGAGAUUGGCAACAAAAAUUGCUUCAUCUAUCUUAUUGCUUCAUCUGAAAGAGCAUGAAAAAAUAAGCCGAUUGGCCGUUUAAUGCUCUAUUCUAUCUCAUCUAGUUCCGAAGUUAUACGCAAAAAUGUGAAAAUAUAAAUUGCUGAUUCAGCACUACGUGUGACGUCAUUAGCUGGGUAAGUAUGUUUAUUGAAUACUACACUGAAGCAUAGCUCAGUUAUUAUGAGCCCAAAUCAAAUGAAAU